AUGAACAGGCCCUACCAUGAUCUUCAGCAUCUGGACCUAAAUGUAAAAGGAGUAGGAUAUGAAUAUGCCAGUUAUCUCUUAAGGCUUGUAAACAGCAUAGACAUUUCAAGCAAUAAUCUAUGGGGUGAAAUACCAGAAGAGAUAACGAAUCUUUCCUAUUUGGGUAGCUUGAGUUUAUCUCCGAACCAAUUGACAGGAAAUAUCCCAGAGGGGCCAAUUCCAUCAGCCAACCAAUUCCAGCCCUUCAAUGACCCUGCCAUGUAUAAAGGAAACUCGGGACUUUGUGGGGCGCCAUUGCCAACACAAUGCUCAACAUCGGAUAAUGAUGAUCCGGGACAAGAAGAAGAAGAAGAAGAAGAAGAUGAUGAUGAUGAGGAUAUAUGGUUCCGGAUAUAA